ACAGCCCAAAUUCCUGGGAGCGCUCGUUGUAGAACUAUGCAGCUUCCAUUGUUGGAUGAUUUGGGUAACACCUGGACAAAGCGAUACUGAGAGUGAUCAGUCAACAGUGUUUCUGUGCUAGAAAAUGGCUCUAGUGUGCACUUGUUUAGAUACUCCAGUGCAGAAAGAGGCUGUUCAGGGUUUGCUGAGGGUCAGGGAGGUAAGCACAGCUGUGCUGUAAGAGAAAGAUUUUAAGUAAGCUGCAAAACGGAGCUCCAGCAGUAGAAUGAGCUCAUUACCUGAAUGCCAAGAAGUGUUGCUGUCUCCAAUGAAGGUUCCUGAGGCUUAAAUAAUGGGGAAUCCUACCUCUAAUUGCACAGUUCAGGCGCGCCUGUCUUCCUUGAAGGAGAAACAACUGCAGUCUCUCUCAAUGACCCCACUUCGACUCGAGCAGCCGGGGCAGCUUGGAAGCAUCAACUAUGAGAAGAGCUCGUCAGUGAGAGCUCUCAAUAGCCCAGAGGCCACCGAGCAGAGGUCUCUUGCAUCGUCUCUCAGAGGCACCGAUGAUUAUGCAAAAAGUCUUGACCUUGUUGGUAGGUCGUCAUCGAUGGAUUCACACAGGAAACCCACAAGCGCCAAUGCAUUCCGAGAUCACAGGAGGGCUGCUUCUGGAAAUAUCCUCACACUUUUUAAAGAUUUAGAGGUACUGCAGCCUAAAGGGACAAAUUCAGCUCCAAGACAGCUUGACAAAUACGCAGUCGAAAGACUAGCAGCCUCGAUUUUCCACACUUCCACGACGCUUGAGCGCUCUUUGUCAAUGUCAAGGGUGGCUCAGAAAGUCAAUCUAGAAGCGGGAAACAAACAUUAUUCCGGACCCCUUCCAGUUAUAGAACGCAGCCUUUGCGGGAAGCAGGAAGAAUCGUUAUCCCUGCAACAAAAUUCUCUCUUUAAACCGGAUGAUGAACCACGAAUGACUGAAGAUGUGGGAGACAACCAAGGUUGUUCGAGCUCUCAGAGUAUGCACAUGGAAGAUUCCUCUAAUAUGUUGAUCUCAAAGGCGUCAUCUCUUCGACGGGAUGUUCAUGGCACCAUGGAUAUGAUGAAGAGUGAGGGUGAGACAGAUCGGCUAACUACUGCGAUUGAAGUCCCUUUCCCUUUUCCCGGAGAUCCAGAGCUGCAUUCAAUCUGUUCUCUAGUGUUCCAGAAUGCUGCUGAAAGUACAAUCUCAAUCAACAGAGAUGGAAUCGUUCAAUAUGGCUCUUUCGAUUCCGAGACAAAUAGAAUCUUAUUGCUGGAAUGUGACAACCAUGAAACUGCUGCAAUUUCAGCAAGGGAUAUCGUCAAAGACAUCCAGUUGAGCCCUCAAUUUGUCACUGGUGAAGUGGCUGAGGAAGAACUAACCGAGACUGCUAUACUAUCCAGCCCUGAGAGCGAAGGAUCGAUGACCUCAAGUGAUGAAAGAAACAUCCACACAAUAUCAAGUGGUAGGGUAAAUGAAACAGGUCCGGAGGUGACCUGCAGUUCUAAUGCAUGUCUGACAAAAAGCUUUAGCUUUGAGAAUGGAACAGGGAGUAGACUGAUGUUUAAACGAAAUAGAACACGAAGUGCCUCAGCUUCAGGACUUGGAGCCAUGUUACUGAAAGUUGUAGGGGUGCCAGAUUCUGGAAAAAUGGUAUUGAGAAAAGCGUCUGCGGCUGGACAUGAAAUGAUGUCUGGGGUGGAUGCAAUACGAGCUAGACAGUAUCUACUUCAAAAAACUGCUCAAAUUUCAGUGGAGCCAGCUCCUUCUCAGUCAACAUUUCCCGCCUCUGCUACUACUAAAUGUCCAAGUCCAACGAAGGAUUCUGCCAAAUCAACGUGCUGCAACAUUAUCGUCAUUGAGACAGACUCUGGAGGCGACUGUGUUGAGCUUGUGCAACAUUCCGAAGAUGUUCAAGACUGUGUUCGUGGAGGAGUUGGAUUUGUCAUAACAUCUGAAUGUAAAAGCCAAUUAGUAGAGAAAGGGUCACCUGCUCAACCAGCUGAACCGAAGGGUGCUAAACUUUUCAAUAAUAACGUUGGAGAAGGGAUUAUUAAGGCAUUAGAUAGUUAUCUCGAAGGAAGUAAAAAAGGCUUUGGAGUAGCUUCUACCCGUGAGACUGAGAGCAUAGAUCAGCAGACCGCAAUAGAGUGCCACCCAGAGAUGGUUCCAAGUCGUCUUCCUGAUCUGGGCAAUGUAAACAAAGAACACACUAGUACACAUGAAAGGCCGACCCUUACGUUGGUAGAGGGGGAUCAUGCGGUUUAUGACAAAUUUGUAAGCAUACCCAAGCCUGAUGUUUUAAGCAGUGCUGGUGCCAACACAUUAGCAGCCGAUGAUAAAUUCGAUGGAAGACGUGCUCCAGGCAAGGAGUCGAACAGUAGAGGAAGAAACUCCUACGUCUUGGACUCAGCAGAGGGUCUUCAAACGACGAAUUCUAGCAAUGGAGCACAUGAGCAACCUCCCAUGAACAAUACUAACAGCGGCGGAAUCACUCAGGAGAGGUCGCGAAGCUUUAUAUCUAGACUUCAAGCACCCACUGGAACAUUAUCCUCUGCGGACACAUUCCGUUUGGUCCCUUCUUCCGUCUCUAUUCUGGCCAAUCCAUCCAACUCAAGCUCUCAGUGCCAAGACAGAAUUUGGGAGGAGCAAGCAGAGAUCUAUUCCAGCGGAGGGCGCGGAACUCCAGGCCGUGAAGAUGACCCAUCAGCAGCGAAUGCCAUGCUUCAUUCUCUAUCAACUGUAGCUACAGCAAUCAGUUCAGAGCAUUAUCAAGUUUCUUCUGCACCGAACGCUUUGAGAAAAGGCCACAUUGACACAAACGGGAGACAUCCCUCCACAGUUCCCGGUGCAAAAGAGCGACGCAAGAAGGGGAAGAAAAGGGGCAGAUCACCUCGAACACCACUGAGGAGCUUGUUGAGCGAUGAUGGGCAUAGCAAAGCAUUGGGCUCGGGAAUGAGGUCACCCACUGGUGGCCAUUUCAUGCAACAGAUCAUGUCAAAAAUAAGAGGAAACUCUCCAAAAGCACCCAGCCCCAAAAGCCCAGAACCAGCCAUGGCCAAGAGACGGAACACUUGGAGCAGCUGCAUUUGCUUCUCCAUCAAAUGAUUAGCUUCUUCAAUUGAGUUUCUUCAUCAAUCAGACUCUUUCUUUGUUGCAAUGGAUUGAAGUACGAAUCAAUAUUCAGUUAACUUCUCCAGGGCCCAGUCUACAUGAACUUCAUUGUGGUACGAGUUGCAAUCGCUAUAUCUUUUGCCUAAUUCAUGCCAGGCUUGAAUUGCCUUACAAGCCAAACAUCAUACUUCGUUGGACACUGCUAUCCAUGUUCAUCUGCUUAGGUUUUAGUUGACAUUGCAACAAUGAUAACUGUGUACAGAAAGUUGUGUAUGAUCUGAGAGACAUUGGUAAAAAAGUCACCGUGCAGAACAUUUCACUGGAUUUAAAAUAGUUCCAAAACA